UUUAUUAGACGCUUACGAAGUGCACGCUCCUCGUAGCAUCGUAGUUUAUUUUACUUUUCCCUCCAUUCCAUUUUUCGUGCCAGCGACAUUUGUAUACAGCUUGUUUACACAUUUAGUGUUCUAAAACCUCACUCACUAAGCGUGAAGUAGACUACACGAUGAGAAAAGUUUCAAAAAAUCGUACCGAUGAUGAUAUAAUAUCGUCAACAAAUGGUUCGGGAUCUGUGCAUAAUGAAGAAAAGCAAGAUUUAGAGCAAUCGGUUGAAGAUAAUGAGAAACAAUCCGUGUCGGACAAUGAUGAUAAAAGUCCCGAUGAUACUUCUGAUGUAGAGAAAAAACCUGAUAGUUCUAAAAAAGGAAAAUCAAAAAAAACUAAGUCCAAAAAAAAGAAAGCUACAAAAGCAAAAAAAGCGGACGAAGAUGAAGAAGAAUAUGAGGUAGAAGAGGUAAUUGACUCUAAAAGGAUUAGAGGAAAGUUGUACUAUCUUAUCCGUUGGAAGGGUUAUUCUGCUGAUAAUGAUACAUGGGAGCCAGAAAACACUCUAUCUUGUCCUGAAUUAAUUAACAAGUUCAAUGAAGAAAAAGAAAAUUCUAAGGAUGAAGUAGGUAAAACUUCCCGUGGGAAAAAAGGUCCCAAGCGUAAAUCAAACACUAAGACAAAAACAUCACCAAAGAAGAGAAAAAAUGAAGAAUCGGACAGUGAAGACGCUGAUGAAGAAGCAGAAUAUGAGGUGGAACGUAUUUUGGAAGUUCACCAUAAAAAGUCUGGUGAAAGGGAUUUCCUUAUCCACUGGAAGGGAUGGGCCAGUAAAUAUGAUUCAUGGGAACCUGAAAGCAACCUCAAUUGUCCGGAAUUGAUUAAAAAAUUUUUGGCAAAAGUGGAUAAGGCUCGUUCAUCAGAAUCUCGAAGUUUAAGAGUUGCGCCGGAGACCACCAACCGGUUUACUUUACAAGAUCCAAGCUCCGGUCGCCGGCUGAGCAAAAGAAAGAAUCAACGCCAGCGGGUUCGUUACGAUAAUGCAGAGUAAACUUUUAACAUCUCUUUUUCUACACAAAAUUGUAGCAGAUUUUAUUUAUAAAUAUA